CCUACGACAUUGUUCAUUUGCUUGUGUAUCGAGCGAGUCAAUCUUCGUAAAUUACAGAAAUUGUAUUCCAUCACGUAAAAAUGGAGGUGGGGUUAAAACAAAAAUGAAAAACAGAUUCAUUUUAAGUAACGAUUAAAAGCUUAAAGAAUUAGGCUCUUGGAUUAAAGGAUAAUUAGUGGAAUUAAUUGUUCGCAAAAUGCUAGCCACAAAUUAACCCGUUAAACAGUUUCAUGGUUUGGGUUGGUUGAAUAGUUCUUCUAAAAGUACAAAAUGAGCAACUGGGCGAGGCGAAUGCACCGGCGGGCUGCUACAUUAAGCAAUGUGGUUACGUCUUGUGGUCAUCCCAAUUCUCUGCCAUAUCCGAGGAGACUUGAAAAAGUGAAGUUCGGUGUUCCCUUGCACGAAGUUUGCAAGGAUGACAUACCGGGGCCCUUACUUGUACUGAUAUUAAAGCUGAAUAAAGAAGCACCAUUACGGCGCGAUGUAUUUCGCGCCCCUGGACAUCAAGGAGCCAUGAAAAAGCUUAUACAUUUCUUGCAGACUGGGCGUCUAGUUAAUGUGGAUAAUUACUCUGUUUAUACUAUUGCAAGUGUACUCAAGAAGUUUCUAAGAAAAAUACCCGGAGGAGUGUUCGGUCGUGAAGGGGAAAUGCAUCUAUUUACAGCAGUGGAGCUACCGGCAGACCAACAAGUUGAUGCUAUAAGACGGUUGCUAUUGUCAUUGCCUGUUUGCACGCAGAGAUUGUUGGUGCUACUCUUCGGCACGUUUCGGGUGAUGGCAUCUAACGCUGACAAAGCUGGCACAGGAAUGACAUCAGAAGCCCUGGGCGUGUCGGUGGCUCCAUCGUUCUUCCACUCGUGCGUGUCCGAUGGGAAGACAGCUACAAUGGAGGAUGUACAAAGAUUCAAGGCUGAAGUCUCAGUGGCAACCCGCAUUAUGCGACAACUGAUAGAACAGUUCAGCGCGGGCGAUCUGUUCGGGAGGGAGAAUUACGAGUACUACGCUCGUGUAACGGGUCGAAUAUUACGUGUGAGGGACGAGUGGAUCUGCUCGUUCCGGGACCCGCCGCCACCUCGACACCAUCGCGACCAGGAGGCUUAUGCCAGGCAGCUGUCUUUAGAAGCAGAAAAGACGUGGCUUCAAUGUGAAUGCGACCGUUGGGGUAACAAGUUCAAUUUAGAAGGUCUAUCAAAAUCUGAGGAGUGCCAGUCGAUGCCAGCUCUGAUGGGAGCGGUGGGGGGAACGGGCGCGGGUACGGGACUGGGCAUCAUUCCGGAACAUAGUCUUCUCGACUCCUGCACACGUCUCUCUAUCUCGCUCGAAGAGAGUAUAUUUAAGGUCUCCGUCAGUUCAUCAUCCCAGUCGUCGCGCAGCAACUCCAGCCCGCACAUGACACUGGAGGAACUACGGGCCAUCAACAAGUACGCAGAGAGCACUAAAAGUCUCUCCUAUUUACCGCAGGUGCACGAGCGGCAGCGGGCGCGGAUGCGGACGCGCUCCGAGUGGUUCCUGCAGCCCGCCGCCUCGCUGGACGCGGCCCGCCCGCGCGCAAGCGGGUCGCGGCGGCGCUCGCGGCGCGCGCGCGUGUGUCGCGCCCUCACGCACUCCGACACUGAGGUCCCGCUCGCUCUCCAACCUCGUCAAGUGACCGCCUGACGCCUCCCGCCCGCGCCCUGACCCCGCCGCCGCCCCCCGCACACCGCUCACCCUGGGCUGCACUACGUCAUCUCGUGCGCUACUCUCAUAUACAUACAUUUGCGCACACUAUCGACUGCUAUUUUUGAGAUAUUCGUGCCAAUCCGUAUGUUUCGUAAUAUUUUUUAUGUAAAUAAUUUUCAAUUUAAAGAAUUGAUCGUUUUGGUUCACAUUUAUUUAAAUAAAUAUAAAAACAUCCACUUUUAAAAAUAGCAGUUAAACAUAACACACGUAACGAAAUUUUAAACUUAACCAACGACUCGAUAUUUCUAAUUUCAUAUAUGUGACCAGCACGCCAGCGUAUGAAAAUGUCAUCAAUUAUAAGGAAUAAUCUAUCUGUUUAUGUGAGCAUGAAAUAAUAAACCUAUUGAACGUUAUAUCUUACCAAACUUCCGAUUACAUACAUAAUAAGAGUUUCAAUCGAAAAUUAAUAAUUAAUUUUAUCAUUCGUAUAGUAUUAUCUCGUAUCUUAACUAAGAGUGAUAGUAUGAAUCAACAUUACUUAAAUUAUAUCGACGAUCCAUUAUUAAUAUUGAAAUUGAGCUUACAAUACAGAAUUUCUAAUACAUUCUGUGACAAAUUUCAUAUAUACCGUGCAACAAGUUACUAAUUAGCAACGAAUAUAAAAAAAUUUGUAAAUAAUUUAUGUGCUCUCUGUAAAAAUGUUAUAGUAGUUUCAAUUAAUAUAUAUAUAAAUUGUCUUUCGUAAAUUAGCUGUGAAGUUCAGAAAUCUUUACAAAAUAAAUGAGAAAUAGUCGAUAAGGUAAAAUUCUUCUUUUAUGAAAUGUGUCGGAUUCAAUAGAGCAAUUGAAUGACUUGCUUUAUAUUUCGUAUAAAUAAAAUUUAUGCAUUUAAUUUACCAAAUUUUAGUCAAUGUAAUUUAAAAAGAAUUUUUUUUUUUUAUAUCGAAACUUAACUUUAUUUUGAAAAAGUGACGAUUUCGGUUAGAAAGGAAACUUGGAAUGUGUUCUUAAUAAGAAUGGAUCAUUGACAACCUUUAAACAUUCCUGCAAAUAUAUCUAGGUUAUUAUUAUGGAUAAUGCACAUAAAUGCGUUGUAAUAAUGAAAAAUUAAUUAUUUAUUAACCUACCUAUACUACUGCAUUUUUCUCUACCUCGUAUAUAUGUCUUAUUUUUGCUUAUUUUUAAUGUCAACAUAUUCCGUAAUGCCAAAAUUUCUAUUCAUUCAAAUAUAUGUAAUAAUUUAAAAACUAUUUUUUUUUUUUAAAUCUCGACACAACACGAACAGUAUUUUUUCUAAUGUUAUUGUUUAGUAUAUAACUAUCGUACCAUGUAAGAUUAUAAAAAUUUUUGUUGAAUUUUUCAAUAUUAUAGACAAGUAUUGGAAUUAAUGAAAGUGUUAAAAUUUCAACGUUUUUCGGAAAUAUAUUGUUUUUGAAAGAAAAUGUGACGAAAAAGACUGACGAAUUUUAAAUUUAUCCGAUAGCUCUACAAAAUUCAACAUAAUUUCUAAAAUACCAAACCAUAUUAUGGUUUUAAAUUAAAGGAUUUGAGAUUUGUUGUCUAUUAUGUGUAGUACAAAUGAAUUGUCUAUAAUUCUAUAAUUAUGGAAGCGAAAAUGCUUCUAACAUAAAUUGUAGGUGCUAGUUAAUUGUGAAAUCUCCUAUUAUUAAAUAAUAGUAUUAUAAUAUCAAUUAAUAUUGAUACAUUUUUGUGAUGUAUCGAAAUAUAUUUAUUAUGUUAGUUGUAUAUUUGCGUUUUUGAUAAACUUAUUGAAGUAAAUUCUUUAUACAGCCUGUUUUAUCGCUUUAUGAUACACGUUUAGAAAUUAAUUAUAAUAAAUGUUUCGGUUACACAACAAAUUUGCAACAAAUAUCGAUGACCUUAAAUUAUUCCUAAUAUUUCUUAUUAAAAUAUAUUUUAAUUAAGUAUAGUAUAUAUAUAAAUAAUAUGUUUUUGGCAAAUAAAAGCGAUAAAAUUUGACUUUUAUAAAAUUGAAAUUAAGAUAUAAUAUUUUUUCCUAAUUUAAUUUGGAAUGGGUUGUAUACAUUUGUUCAGCACUCAAGUGUUUUUUUUUUUGUUAAGUUGACAUUAGAACAAUUCUUUGAAUAACUAUAUUUAAUAAGGAGUGCUAAAAAGGCUUCUAAGUCAUCACCAUGUUUAUAUUUAUUCAUCAUUCAUGACAUAUAUUGAGCACGUGUUAAGCACAUAUAAUUGAUUAGAAUAAUAGGUAAAUAAAAAUAUAUUUUUUAUUCUGUCCGAUUCUUUUUAUGCGAGCAGCAGUGUGUGUUCGUAACACGUUUAUGUUUGUGUAACUUUUAAUUGCGUAUCAAUUGUGUUAAUAAGGCAAAAGGCUGUUAUAUGGGUACAGUCAGCUUGUUUGUAUAAAAAGAGUAUUGUUUUGAUUUAAAAUUAUACAAACAUAAAUAUUUUAUUGUGAAUGAUAUGAUUUUUACGUUAUAACGCUUUAGUUUAGUUCGCUAAUAGUCAUGCGAAAGGCAGCUCAAUAUAUUUAUAAAUUCCUAGUGGUUGUGGUGUAGCGGCUACGUGUAAGGCUUUCUGUGGCCAUAUUUAAGGUACCUUAUCAUUCUAUUAGCAUUUUUAUACGUUGAAGUAUUAUCUAUGAAUAAGAUCAUGAGACCUACAUGAUUUAUUCCGUAGAAUAAUCUUUAAAGUAAUAUUCGAUAGAUAGUAAAAAAACAUUUCUUGGAUUUUCAUUGGCCAAGAUCCUGUGUUCAUUGAUUAGUUCUAGGUUAUAAUAGUUUAAUUUCUUAUAAUUAAUAUAAUUAAACUAUAGAUUAUUUAGUACGUAGAUUAAAUAAUUUGGUGCUAUUGUCAUUUAAAAUAUAUAAAAAUCGUGACAAUAGCAACAAUGUAUGUAUAUGUUAAACAUAUUAUAGUAUUUAAUAAAAUGCAUCCUAUUAUGUUUCAAACUACACCUUUGAUUAUUAAAAUCAAUUUUUAUAGUAUAGAAAUUUUGUACUAUCGUAAGUUUUUGAAUAUUAUUGGGUACAUAUAAUUUGUAUAAGACUGUUCCAAUUGAAUUUGUAUUUUAUUAUAAUAUAAACACUCGAAUAUUUAAAAUACCCAAUCAUUCCACCGACUUAAGUAUUGAUCAAAACGUUGCUUUGGGUAUUACUGUCGUAAAAUAUUAAGUUAGCAUAGAUCUCGGAGCUUUAACAAUGUCACGAACAAUGUUAUUAUUUUAGUUUUUCAUUAGAACGUUUUUUUUUUUUGUUUUGUUAACGGUACUCGAACUGACAUGUUAUAUUAUUUCUAAUUUGAGUUAUUUUGUUAGUGCAAUUGAUGAUUAGAGGAGAUGUGAAAAUUUUUAUGUCUAUUUUCUUUUAAAAUUGUACAUGAAUAGCAAGUAUGUAUAGUUUUAAUUUAUUUUAGAAUAUUUGUAAUAUGGUAUUGCUUAUGUGCAUUAAGUUUUUAUAGAUUUUCACAUUAUAUUUGCACAUUUUUCUAUACAAAUUAUAAAGAAUAACACGAAAAUAAAAGUAU